GAGCUUCAACUGUAUGCUAAAUGUGUACAGAAUGUAUACAGUAAGCAAGCAACAGCAAAAACAGUGCAAUAGCUUUUCCCCUGAAAGCCUCAGACCUAGCCAAAAACUACAAGGAACACAUCAUUCAGUUGCUUAGUAACAAGGAAAAACAAGAGAAGGCUAGCAGUACUCACAGUUUAUGCAGGCCAGGCUGACAGAAAAAUGUAAAAACACAGGUCCUUAGCCGUAUUCACAUAAAAACGACAGAGCAGUGCCCUUCCUGGUUUUUAUUUACAUGGCUCUUGGUGGCUCUUAUGUAUAAUUCACAGCCAGGGAGAUGGAAGGAUCCUCGACAAACCUUGGGAGAGCAUUCCUGUGUCUUAAGUCUGGAGAUUGCACCCUCUCCGGCUCUGCACUGAUCUGGGUGGUGGACGAACUUCAAUACUGCAUGAUGGCCAAGGGCAAGAAGCGGUCAAGCGAGCCCAAAGGCCGGAAGAUCACUCUAAAGAUGGCUAAGCUAGCCCUGAAGCUGACCGUGGAUGGCAAGCGUCGGCUGGACCUCAGCAACAUGGAGAUCACCACCUUUCCCAAGUGCAUCCUGAAGCUUUGCGAUGUGGACGAGCUGGACCUGAGCCGCAACCUGCUCAAGAAGAUCCCAGACUCUAUCGCCAAGUUUGUCAACCUCUGCUUUUUGGACCUCCACAGCAACCAGUUGGACCAGGUUCCGGAAGCUAUCGGGCGCCUCCAUAACCUAUACAGCCUCAACCUGUGUAACAACUGUCUGAGCACUGUAGGACUCCCCAACGAGAUCGGUCUCCUGCGAAAGCUGAGGAGCCUCAACCUGGGCAUGAAUGUCCUGGAGAGCAUCCCAUCCUCUAUCGCAGCCCUCAAGGAGCUGCGUCACCUUGGUCUGUUCAACAACCACCUGACCCGGGUACCUGAGUGCCUCGACAACCUGCCCUACCUAGAGACCGUCAACCUGAAGUGCAAUCCCAUCCCCUUGGAGGAUGACAAAGGCAUAGACCCCAUCCAGAGAGUGGAGUGCAUGUACCUGGUGAGGGAGAGCUGCCUGUGUGCCUGCUGCCUCCAGAAGGUCAAAGACAACAGGCAGAGGGUGAACAGCAGGCUGAGCAGAGGCCCCACCCACAGGAAGUCCAUCUUCGCCAGCCUGAACACACCCAACUUGGUGGUGCAGGAAGACCAAGCCAUCUGGAGGUGAUGGAGGAACCAGGUCCUCAAUAGGUCAUCUAAAGGUAAUCAAGAACAUAUUAUUUAGGAUAAGAACAGCCCAGGUGCUCUAUUGCAAUAGCUACUUUUUACUUGACAAUGUAUAUUAGGCAUAUCAGGAAUUCUGGAAGAAGAAACAUUAUAGGGGUUGCAGUCACACAUAACCAGCCUUCUAUAAGCUGCUCGGUCUGUGGUUUGUUGUACGCUAACGCCCUCUACAGUUUGGAGUCCUGUAAUGUUCUACAACAGACCCUGCACUGGAAAUCUACCUUAGCUUUACUAAUACUACUUUCACUUGCAUAUUUGUUUGCAUAUCAAAUGUUUCUGAUAAUAAAAUAAGCUUUCAUUCU